GUUUGUGUAUCCUUAUUUUGUAAUGGGCGAUCAUCCCUGAGCUUAUGGGAUCAACCUAGUAUUCAUGGCUGUGGCUGAGGAAUACAUCACACUUGGGGCGGCUUCUUCUUUCUACUUUAGUAGUGGCUUAGGAUUCUACUUAAACAUCAACGGAAGAAAGAAGGGGCUGAGCAAAGGAGCGACCCCUUCCUUCAACAUUGGCCUCCCCCCCCCAAUUUCUCCUUAGGCGAGGUGAUCUAUUCCUCUAUCUCUUGUCCUUAGCCGAGAGUACCGUACUUCUAUAAGUUCUGCCUCCACGUCUCCGUACUAUAGCUAGCUCCUGGUGCCACCCACCACCAAACAUACCAGAGACUAGCUCAGUAGCACUUUGCAACCGCUCCCUUCGUCAGACACCAACACAGACGAAUACCAAUCAUGUCGGAAGAUCUGGAAAUAAAAUCUUCGCUUGAUCAUUCUCCUCAUCUUCGAAUGAAAGACUCGGAGGAGCAAGCAAAGGUGGAGAUGAUUGAGGAAGAGCUCGAGUUGCAUACACUUCACCGUGGAUUGAAAGCGCGUCAAAUCUCGAUGAUUGCACUAGGGGGUGCAAUUGGAACUGGAUUGAUCAUUGGUUCUGGAACGGCUCUCAGAAGAGGAGGGCCCCUUGGUAUAUUAAUUGGGUACUCAUACGUUGGGUUUAUUUGCUAUAUGGUGAUGGUUAGCUUGGGAGAGAUGUCGGCAUACCUACCCAACAAGAAAGGUUUUGCAGGCUAUGCAAGCCGAUUCGUCGAUCCUGCACUCGGAUUCGCGUUGGGAUAUAAUUACCUGUUCAAAUACCUUAUCGUCACGCCAAAUAAUAUUAAUGCUGCGGGAGUCGUGAUUCGGUAUUGGGACACUCACCUUCGAGUUCACAUUGCCGUUUGGAUGGUCAUCUUUAUUUCUCUCGUCUUUUUGGUGAAUAUGCUUGGCGUGCGCGUAUUUGGGGAGUUGGAAUUCUGGCUAUCGAGUAUCAAAGUGAUAACGCUUACUGGGUUGAUACUGUUCGGUAUUAUCGUCGAUUUGGGAGGGAAUCCUAAACAUGAUCGGAUUGGAUUCCGACAUUGGCAUAGCCCGGAUGGACCGAUGGGACAGUAUCUGAAGGACGGUAGUUUGGGUACCUUCCUUGGAUUUUGGUCGGUCAUGAUCAAUGCUCUGUUUGCAUAUAUGGGUACCGAGCUCAUCGGUGUCACCGUUGGGGAAGCUCAAAAUCCAAGGGAGAACAUUCCAAAAGCAAUCAGGAGGACGUUCUGGCGUAUCGUGAUUUUCUACAUCGGGAGUGUGUUUGUUAUUGGGUUGAUUGUCCCUAGGACAAGCCAAGCCCUUUUCAUCGCUACUAAGAAAUCGACUGGAGCUUCUGCUUCGCCUUUCAUCGUUGCUGCUGACCUUCUUGGGAUUCAUGCACUCGGACACAUCAUCAAUGCAUGCAUCCUCAUUUUUGUUUUGUCCGCUGCGAACAGUGAUUUGUACAUUGGCUCGCGUACCCUCUUCGCUCUCGCCGCAGAGGGGAAAGCACCUUCUAUCUUCAAACGCGUGAAUGGAUUGGGCGUGCCAUGGCCUUCCCUUAUCCUGUGCACGACCUUUUGCAGCUUGACGUUUUUGAACGUCACGAAAUCCGCAGCUCAGGUCUUUGGGUAUUUCACUAAUCUUGUGACUUUGUUUGGUGCUUUCACUUGGAUGUGUAUUCUGUACUCACACAUUCGGUUCAUGAGAGCACUAAAAGUUCAAGGGAUCUCGAGGGAGCGUCUACCUUACAAAGCACCCUUCCAACCUUGGGGAAAUUACUUUGCUCUCGUUAGCACUGUGAUCAUUACUUUCUUCAAAGGAUUUGAUACGUUCAUUCCUUGGGAUAAAACCAACUUCAUAACUUCUUACAUUGGCGCACCAAUUUUCUUCAUCUUGUGGCUCGGCUACAAAUUUUUCUACAGAACUCAAGUCGUUCCUCUCGCCGAAGUCGACUUGAUAUCUGGGAAGCGUCAAAUCGAUGAGGCUGAAGCUCGGUACAAGGUUGAGGUGGAUGCUAGAGGUCCAAUGACGGGGUGGCAGAAGUUCGUGGCUGCUUUGUGAAAACGUUCCUUAUGGACAGCUGGAGAGUCUCCACGAUGGGCAAUCGAUUUUCAGUACUCAGGGACUGAAACUGUUUGUUGCGUAAAAACAAAUUAUUUUGCGAUCCAGCCUCCUAUCGAAACAUCAGUUCGGUGUAAAACCCCGACAAUUCUUUCUUUCCCUCAAUGACUUCACCCUGAUAAUGCAAUGUACAUAUAUAUUUAUGUGGGCUCAUUAGAGAUGUUUCUUGA